ACAUGAUCCGUGGUGCCUCGAGGCUGGGAGGUCGCGCUGGCAGUACGCUAUAUACAGUUUUUAAACAGGAGGAGAUGGCCGCGUUCACGAGUGCGCGUCUUCUGUCGGUCAUCAGCAUCCUGACAACGCUGACGCGCUGCGACACUGAUCUGUGGCGGCAGGAUAAGCUAAAACAUGCAGCGACCACAUUGAGCUCCAGUGAACUGAGCAGUGUUGUAGCUCGUACGGAUCUCGACCGGAUGUGGCAGAAAGACCUGAAGUCCAUGCUUGUUGUGCGCUACCCAGGCUCACCGGGAAGCCAAGACGUUCAGCAGCAUAUUAAGUCGACUCUUGGCUCACUGAAGGCAGGAUGGGAAGUGACUGAAGAUUCUUUCUACGCUCAUACUCCUUACGGCCAGCUUCCCUUUACCAACAUCAUUGCUACUCUCAACCCGGCUGCAAAGCGUCAGUUAGUGUUUGCUUGCCACUUUGACUCGAAAUACUACCCUCCGCAGUGGGACGGGCGUGAGUUUCUGGGGGCCACAGACUCUGCCGUGCCCUGCUCUAUGAUCCUAGAACUGGCAAGAGCCCAAGAUGAUGAGCUGAAAGCUAUAAAGGAUUCUGGUACAGAUGUGUCCCUACAGCUGUUGUUCUUUGAUGGAGAGGAGGCGCUCUAUCAGUGGACCUCCGAAGACUCUCUGUAUGGUUCACGGCACCUGGCCCACAAAAUGGCGACAACACCGCACCCGGCCGGGUCCACCAGCACCAACCAGCUGGAUGGCAUUGAUCUGUUUGUGUUAUUGGACUUGAUUGGAGGUCCUGAUCCACGCUUUGGUAACCAGUUCUCCAGUACAACGCGGUGGCUUUCCAGACUACAAAAUAUUGAGCGACGACUACAUAGACUUGGUCUCCUAGAGGAUCACCCUAAUGAGAUUCAGUACUUCUGGCCCAACUUACAUGUGGGUCUAAUUCAGGAUGACCACAUACCCUUUGUCAACCGAGGGGUCCGAAUUCUCCACCUCAUUACGACUCCCUUUCCUGCGGUGUGGCACACCUUCGAUGACAACGAGGAGAAUCUGGAUCGUUCCUCCAUCGGCAAUCUCAGCAAGAUCCUGCAGGUCUUUGUCCUCGAGUACCUGAACAAGAAAAGCCAGAACCCCGUCCCUGAAGGCUCCUAAUGUUUUUGCCAAAAAACCUACCUGAUCUAAAGAGUUAUUUUAUUGAAAAGCACAGUCGGUACUAGUUUCACUUCCAGGAUUUUUCACAGCAUUUGUGUCUUGCAUUUUUCGUAUUUGUCGCUCAAAAUACUUUGUGGGGUCACAAGAUACUAUUUCCCAGAUGCACUUUAGCUAUGCUGCACCUAAAAACUGCAUAUGUCUGUUGGACUGUUAAAAUUCAGAAGACAUAUCAGAGGUCCAGGUGCAGGUCUAGUAUACAGGGUAUGCUGUCUGUUUGCUUUGUCCCUUGGCUUUUCCCCUUUUCAAAUUUCUCAGAAGACCAGCAUACAAGUACACAAAAAGAUACAAAAGUUGUCACUGGGGCGGUACGCUUUCAAAAAGUACUUAAAGUGUUCAUAUUAGGACUUUUUUAAAGGGUACCGUACCUUUUUUCUGACAGUGUACAAAAAUAAAUGUUGGUACUUAAUACAUGUUAGUACUUUAUAAGCUUUUUAGCCUGUAGCCUCUAAAACAAUAAAUGAAGUUUAUUUAACUAUGUUUAGGAGGAGCAUGGUCAUGUAAUCCAACCAAUCAGAGCAAAGAGGUCUCUGUCCUCUGCUGGUAUAUCUAUCCCAGUUAAGGAGGGGGGAGUACUGUUGGUUCAGGCUAAAUUUCGGAGCCCUCCCUUCGGACAACAUGCCAAAUAUGCUUUAUUGCAUAUUUAAUUACAUGUUAAUGCGAACUCGUAAAUUGAAACACUGUGUUUGGACUCUUGUUUUAUUAGCCAUCAAACACACUCUGUGAUAUGUUAUUUUUUUAUUAUUCGGCUAUCUGCCGCUAUCAUUGUGUGAUCCAUGUAUCAGUGUAUUUCUUAAUGACUUCAUCUGAAUGCUUUUAAUGUCGCAUUAACUCUAUUGUAAUGCAAACAGCUAUUAAAUAGUCAACAAACUGGCAUUUCCGAAUUUAUAUAGCAAAUUGA